AUUUUUUUUUUAAUAACUUUUAAACUGUUGUUGUAAACAAAUGUUCAAGGACGUGUUAAUUGUCACGUCUUAUAUGUUCUAAAGAGUUAAAUUAAAGUGAUUAUAAAUACCAUGAGAUUAUUUUUUAAAAAAUAAAUACAAUAACAAAUAGAUGUUAUAUAUUUUGUUUUUUUACAAUGAAAAAAUUAUGAAAUAGCUUGAUAUUUGGCAAAGUUUUCGAGGUUGACUUUAUUUUGUGUGUUCGUCGUGUAAUAUAUAUAUAUGUGCUAUAUACGUCAUUUUUAAAACAGGUGUCGCUGUUAUCGAAAAUUCCAGCAGUCGUGAAAUUGGGUUGGGGAACGCGCGGCUGGGGAACUGUUUUAGGGACCCUUCUUGGCAAUCAUUUUGGAUUGCUCCAACACAAAACAGUUUACGUUUUUUUUUUUUAAAUAUACGUCACAAAAGGUAAAUUUCACACAACAAUUUGUGAUAUGUGAUAUAUAUGGUUAGUAAAUAUUAUUAAUUUUUUUCUCAAAUAAAAUAUUCAAUUUGUUAUCGUAUUAUAAUACUGCGAGGAAGAAAAUCCAAGUAUGUAGUGCUUCAUCUUUGACCUUCGAUACGUAGCAUUCAUUAACAUCAUACUCCAAAAUUUAAUUUCUUUUUUAACAACAAAAAAAAAAAGAAAAACAAAAACAAAAAACUGCAGUGAUUUUUCACUGAAUCGGCAAUACAAUGAGUUGUGCCCGCUGUUGUUUAGUUGGUGUCAGCCGAUUAGCUUCAUCGAAUCAUGUCGCAAAUCACGUACAUAAAAUAGUUAGGGUUGUGGCUUCUCGUCCAAUUUGUACGACUGGAAUUGUAAAUAAAAUUCCAACAGAGCCGACAACGCCAAAUAAGGACGCUGGAGCAACAGCAUCAGGGGGAACAACUGGAAGAGAUGGAAGUGGUGGUGGUGGUGGCGGUGGUAAAAAAAAUACAUUGACUUGUCCGAAAUGUGGGGAUCCUUGUACACAUGUUGAAACAUUCGUCUCUUCAACGAGGUUUGUAAAGUGCGAAAAGUGUCAUCACUUUUUUGUCGUAUUGUCGGAAAUUGAUUCGAAACGAAGCUUAAAGGAAGCUUUAAGACCAGAGGAAUCGAAACAAGGAUUUUAUAGAAAGCCACCACCGCCACCUAAGAAGAUUUACGAGUAUUUAAAUAAACACGUAGUGGGUCAGGAGUACGCAAAAAAAGUUUUAAGCGUUGCCGUUUAUAAUCAUUACAAACGAAUUCACAAUAAUCUUCCUGUUCAAAAUUCAGGACAAUCAAAUGCCAAUCCAGUUGGCAAUCAAGAUCUUAAUCAUCCGUUCACUCAUAGAGGUCUUAAAACACAUUUACUGCAUAUAUCAAACAUUGGAAAUCCAUUGGGCGUUGGUUUUCAACAAGUCUCACAAAAUAAUAACAAUAAUACAGAACAACAAUCGAAAUCAAGUUCACAAUCGACACUUGGCUCCGAUAUUCUCGAUAGUAAACAACAUCAAUUAAAAUUGGAAAAAAGUAAUAUACUUCUAUUGGGACCAACUGGCUCAGGUAAAACACUUCUCGCCCAAACAAUAGCACAAUGUUUAGAUGUUCCAUUUGCAAUAUGCGAUUGUACAACAUUAACGCAAGCCGGCUAUGUUGGCGAGGAUAUUGAGAGUGUUAUUGCAAAAUUGUUACAAGACGCAAAUUAUGUUGUUGAUCGUGCACAAAUGGGAAUUGUUUUUCUCGAUGAGGUGGAUAAAAUUGGUGCCGUACCAGGGAUACAUCAAUUGAGAGAUGUUGGUGGCGAGGGUGUGCAACAGGGAAUGUUGAAAAUGUUAGAGGGUACAAUUGUCAAUGUACCAGAGAGAAAUAGUUCGCGUAAAUUACGUGGCGAUACAUUACAAGUUGAUACAACGAAUAUAUUGUUUGUUGCAUCGGGUGCCUAUAAUGGUUUAGAUAGGCUUGUGUCAAGGCGUAAAAAUGAAAAAUAUCUUGGUUUUGGUGCAACACCAGCGUCAGAGAGUCCUGGUAGAAGAGCAGCGAAUCUUGCUGAUGUUGCAAAUAUGUCACCAUCGACGGAGGAUGAUAAUCGAGAGAAGGAUAUAUUAUUGCGACAAGUUGAGGCGCGUGAUCUCAUUGAUUUUGGUAUGAUACCGGAAUUUGUCGGCAGGUUUCCCGUACUUGUUCCAUUUCAUACGUUAAACAAGGAGAUGCUCGUUAGGAUUUUAACUGAGCCUAAAAAUGCCAUGGUUCCACAAUAUCAAAUGUUGUUCUCAAUGGAUAAGGUGGAAUUGACAUUCACGCCAGAGGCACUUGAUGCAAUAGCGUCAUUGGCAAUGGAUCGAAAAACCGGUGCACGAGGUCUUCGAGCCAUUAUGGAAUCACUUCUAUUGGAACCAAUGUUUGAGGUGCCAGGAAGCGAUGUAUUGACUGUUCACGUAACCGAGGGCUGUGUUAGGGGCAUUGAUAAGCCCCAGUACAUUAGAAGAACCGAAUCUUCAGACGAUGAAUUACAGCAAGCGCAGCGGUACUUAAUAGACAUUCUUUCAUUGCAUCGUUAUAAACUAUUGAACGAUACUGCGAGAUUAUGGGAGAUGGAGAGGCUACGAGAUCGAAAUUCAUAGCACCUGAAUUAAAAAGUGAGAUAUCCACGUCGUGAUUUUCAAAUAAAUAAAUAAAUAAAAAAUAAAAGUAAAAAUAAAAAAAUUAUUUUUACGCAAAUUUAUCUAGAUAGUUAACAUUUUUUGUAAUAUAUUGUAAAUAGCAAGAAAUAUAAGUAGAGUCAUUGCGAAAAAUAGAAGAGAAUAAUUAAAAAAAAAAGAUAUAUAUAUAUAUAUACAUAACUUUGUCGAAAAAGUUAAUUACUAUUAUUCAUUUUUGCUUUUUAAAAAAAAAUAUUACCUCGAUAAUUUUUUUUUUAAGACAGAAAAAAAAUGUGUCUUAAAAAAAAAUUUAAUUUUACACAAUCGAAUUAUAUAUUAUUCAAAACAAAUUCAUUCCUUUAUUAACGUGCGGUGUUAAUGAUAAUAGUCUAAUUUUCCAGAGUAAGAAAUUUAAACGUAAGCAAGAAAAUAAAAAAAAAAAAUCAUUGAGAGAACAUCAUUUUCAUUAAAAGCGCUUUUCGUUUAAUAUCUUCAAACUUUUCUUAUACUUUUUUUGCUUGUGAUUAUUAGGUUUUUACAAUUAUUAUUAUAAUUAUAAUAAUUUACGCAAGAAAUUUGAGAAAACAAAAAACAAGAGUUUUUUAUUGUCAGAUUUGACAAUUAUAUAUAUAUAUAUAUUAACGAAAAUUUCUGUAAGCAAUAUUCAUGAAAUUGAAAUUGAUAAUCUCUCUCGAACAAAAUUAUUCAUCUAUUUAAAAUCUAAAUUUUUAAUUUAAUUCUUAAUUUUUAUCAAUUAAGGGAAAAAAAUAUGUUAAGAAAUUACAAUUUAAUUAAUUGUACGAAUAAUUAAAUUUCUUAAAUUGUCUAUAUUUUAUUUAUUUAGAAAAAAAAAAUUUUAAUUCGAGUUUUUUUUUAGAAAAUUUUAACGUCAAUUUCAGUUUCAUGAGAAGAAAUUAAAUUAUAAAGUGUGAUCUAAUUUUUCUUUUUUUUGUUCCGAAUUUGUACAAUUGUACAAAAAAAAUAAAUAAAGUGGAUAGAACCAUGUGACUUUUAUUUAAGAAAUUGAGAUCACUGGUUUAUAAUUAUAGCUAAUUUACACUGUAUGAACUUAUAUUUAUAAUAAAUAAGUUUAAAACUUUUUUUUUAUCCUUUUUAAUAUCCAUUUUAAAAAAACAUUGUAAUUUUUUUUCUGAUUUCUUUAUUAUAAUAUUAAUUAAACAUCAAUAACAGUCAUUUUUUUUCACUUUCUUCAAGCACAUAUCCUCUUCAAUCGGCAAACAAAAAUUCUAUAUUAAAUAUUUAAAUUAAUAACUACAAAUAUUUACAAGGUGAUAAUUUUUUAAUUAUCUUUCUCACUUAUUUUUCGACUGUAAUUUAACGCGUGUUUUCUUUUUUUAACAAUUUUGUUAACAACGAAAAUAAAAGAAGAAAAAUUCUGAUUUUUGGAAAAAAAUUUUAAAAUCUAAACAAAAAUUACUUCUGUUUAUUAAAAAAAAAAAAAAAAAAAAAAA